CAAUUUUUAAGAAAAUUUAAAUAAUGUUAAUUUUUUAGUGACAAAUUAUUAAUUUGGAGUCAAUUUAAUUUAGUUUUUACAAGAUUUGAAUAAAAAUGAGUAAUAUUUACAUACAAGAGCCUCCGACAUCUGGAAAAGUCUUACUAAAAACCACAGUAGGUGACAUUGAUGUAGAAUUAUGGACACGAGAGGCUCCAAAAGCAUGCAGAAAUUUUAUUCAAUUAUGUUUAGAAGGAUACUAUAAUGGAACGAUAUUCCAUCGUGUUGUUAAAGGAUUCAUUGUUCAAGGUGGUGAUCCAAAUGGAGAUGGAACAGGCGGUGAAUCCAUUUAUGGAGAACCAUUUAAGGAUGAAUUCCAUACACGUUUACGAUUUACUCGCCGUGGAUUGUUGGCAAUGGCGAAUGCUGGUAAAGAUGAUAAUGCUUCACAGUUUUUUUUCACAAUGGGUGCAACACCUGAAUUACAGAAUAAGCAUACGAUUUUUGGCAAAGUCACAGGCGAGACUAUUUAUAAUAUGCUAAAAUUAGAAGAUGGGCUUAUUGAUCACGAUGAAAGACCACAAUAUCCAAAUAAAAUUUUAAAAACAGAAGUUCUGUUAAAUCCUUUUAAAGAUAUUGUACCAAGAGUUACCGAGCAAAAAGAAAAUAAGGAGAAGAGUCAGAAAAAGGAGAAAAAAACAGGGGUGAAAAAUUUCAAAUUACUAUCGUUUGGAGAAGAGGCUGAAGAAGAUGAAGAAUUAGCUUCAGUUGCAAAUGAAAAAUUCUCUGGUAAAAGUAAAUCGACGCAUGAUUUAUUAGACGAUCCAAAACUUAGUUCUUUACCGGCAGUCGAAACUGAUGAUGAUAAAAAACGAGAUAUUUCUGAAGUGGAAUUACAUCAAGAAGAAUUAGAAAAUAUUCGGAAGAAAUUAAAAGGUAGUGAUGGUAAGAAACCAAAAUCUAGUAAAUCUUCAACGAAAAUCGAUGUUGAAGAAAAGGAUGAAGAAGAAGAUGAUGAAGAAGAAGAGGAAGAAUAUUAUUUUGGAAAAGAUCGACAUGAUGAAAAGAAAAAGAAAAUGGAAAAUAUACGAAAAGAAAUACGUGACUUAAAAAAAGAUUUUCAAGAUAAUAAAAAGAAACAUGUAGAAGAAAAACAGAAAACUGAAACAGAACGAACAAAACGUAGUGAAACAUUACAAGAUUACGAUGACACAAUCGUUAAAUAUGCUGAAAAACAGAAAACUUUACCAAAGAAAGGAGCAUCAAGGGAAGAAUUUACUUUACAAUUAUUGAAAAAAUUUCAACAGAAAUUAGGUGCAGCCAAAGAAAAAGUUGGAGAAAAUGAUGAUGCUCAAACUAAACCGUUAGACGAUGAAGACGAAGAAAAUGAAGAUGAUACUUGGCUGGCACAUAAAUUAUCAUUUGCAGAUAAUGUACCAGUAUUAGCACGUGAUGCAAACACAAAAGAUGAUGCUUGGUAUGAUUUAAAUGAUCCUAGAAAUCCAAUAAAUAAAAGACGUCGUGAAGAAAGUAAAAAAAUGUUACAUAAGAAAGGUGGAAGCGGAAGCGGAAGUAGUAGUGGACAUAGUCGACAUAGGCGUUAAGUUUUGUAUUUUAUUUUUUGUUUUUGUC